AAAAACUUAUAAAAUUAACUGAAGAUGCUGACAUGAAGGAAAAAAUUGACCAAGUUAAAGAUUUAGAUAGCCAAGUCGAUAAUAUAAAGAAAAUUAAUGAAGAACUGAAAAAAGAUCUUAAUAAUGCUAAUAAUCUAAAUAGUAAUAUGAAGCAAGAACAUGAAAGAAUCGAGUCCUUGGACAUUGAUGCUCUUGCAAAAAAUCUUGAAACUAAUGAUCAAAAAGGCAUCCUAUCGUGUACCCAAUGGGAAUUAACUAGACGUCGAAUGAUGAAAUUACUUGAAUUUCCAAUCAAACAAAAUAUUGAAGGUGCUGAAAAGUAUUUGAAUUCAUUGGAGAACUUUUUUAUUUUUAUUGAUGCAUAUAUUAAAGCCAAGAUCGAAGAAACCGAAAGCUUUGAAGAAUUUUUACGAACUAGUUUACAAGCACAAAUGUCAAAAAGAAAAAAAGAACGGAUCGAGCAAAUUAUUAAAAAAGAAUCAAAGAAUUAUGACGAAAUGAAAUUACAAUUAGUCGAACAUCUUAUCAAUACUAAAUUUUGGAUGAUGAUAUACAUGGAAAACUAUCUUUAUGCCUACGAAUAUUGGUCACUUUCAAAGUCAGAAAUAAAACCUUCAAUCAUUAAAACAUUUCAAGAGCUUGAAAAAGAUAUGAAUAAAAUUAGAGACGAAUUAGAGAGUGUAUACAAACUAUUUGGAUGUGAUCCUACUCUUAAUUGGUCUUUAAUUAAAUUUGAUGAAGAAAAAUAUAUUGAAGAAUUUAAACGUAAUCGAUCUAUUAUAAUAGAAAUUCCAUUAGAUUGUAAGGAAUUAUUGGAUUAUGCACAUAUACACCUUCAUGCAUUUAGAGCGUACUUAGAAGGGAUUGGAUCGGAAAAUGAUAUAAUCAAACUUCGUAUUAGUAAUAUAGGCACUUUUUCUAACAGGGAUAAAAAAAAUCAAAUUUAUCAUUUUAUAUCAGAACCUAUUACAACUAAAGAAUUCAAAUACAGAGUAAAUUCAUCCAUGAAUUCAUCUGUUGAAUUCGAUAAAUUUGAAAAAUAUGUAGAUAAUGACAACAAAUAUAAAAAUAAUGCAAAUAUUUAUUUCGUUCCAACUCCAUUUUGUCAAUGGAAAAUUAGUCUUCAUACAGAAAAUGACUUGUCUGGAUUGAAAUCAAUUAAUAUUCAUUUGGCAACAUAUUGUCAUUUAAUGCAUUGA